UUUCAAGUCAUAACUUGGUCUUUGGGAGCCGAAUUUUGAUCUGAUCUCAAUUUUAUCAAAAUACUAGCUUAAGGCAACGACCUUUCCAACGCCGUCGUCCGAAGCGUCUCCUCCUCCUUCCCUCCCUCCCAGCCAACCGCCGCUGCAAAACCCCCGUCGUUGUCGACGCCGACGAGGUUAUGUUUUGAUAUCCGAAAUCUGGGCAGAGUUGAUUGCCAUUUAGAUUGUAACAUAUAGACAAAUAGCGAGAAUAGUUUUAGACUCAUUUGGGUUUGUGUCCCGAUUCCAUGAGCAUAAGAUGGCCAAGACGGUUGACACCAACCUAUCUCUCUCAGAUUAUAAGAACCCAGAAAAACCCAAUAAAGGCUCUUCACAUUUUCAAUGAAGCCAAAUCCAGGUACCCCAAUUACUGCCACAAUGGUCCUGUUUAUGCCACCAUGAUCAACAUCCUUGGAACAUCAGGGAGGCUGACUGAGAUGAGGGAUGUGAUUGAGCAGAUGAGAGAGGAUUCAUGUGAAUGCAAGGAUUCUGUUUUUGUGUCUGUUAUUAAGACAUAUGCCAAUGCUGGCCAGGUAGAUGAAGCAAUGUCUCUGUACAAAACAAUUCCUCAGUUUAACUGUGUUAAUUGGACAGAAUCCUUCAACACCAUUUUGCAGAUAAUGGUGAAUGAGAACCGGCUUGAAAUUGCCCACCAUCUCUUUGUUGAGAGCUCUUGUGGUUGGGAAGUGAGGUCUCGGGUUCGAGCAUUGAACUUGCUUAUGUAUGCUCUUUGCCAGAAGAGUCGCUCUGAUUUGGCACUGCAGUUAUUCCAAGAGAUGGAUUAUCAAAGUUGCUACCCUAAUAGGGACAGCUAUGCAAUUUUGAUGAAGGGAUUGUGCCAAGACAGGAGGUUACAUGAGGCCACCCAUUUGUUGUAUUCAAUGUUUUGGAGGAUCUCACAGAAAGGUAAUGGUGAGGAUAUUGUAGUCUAUAGAACUCUUUUGGAUGCUUUAUGUGAUGCUGGAAAACUUGAAGAAGCUGUGGAAAUUCUAGGUAAAAUUUUGAGGAAAGGACUGAAGGCUCCGAAGCGAUGUUAUAACCAUCCUGAUCUUGGCCAGUUCUUGGAUGGCAAACAUAUAGAAAGUGCUAAACAUGUGAUUCAUGAAGCUUUAAUCAAAGGCUCAAUUCCUAGUUUGGCUAGUUAUAAUGCCAUGUCUGUUGAUCUGUACACCGAAGGUAAGAUAGAUGAGGCUGAUAAGGUCAUCAUGGAAAUGCAAGACAGAGGCUUUAGACCAACACAUUCUAUCUUUGAGGCAAAAGUAGCUGCAUUGUGCAAGGUUAGUAAGGUGAACGAAGCAAUCAAGGUAAUUGAGGAAGACAUGGUGAAAGUUAAUUGUCUACCAACUGCUAGAGUGUACAACAUUCUCUUGAAAAGCCUAUACAAUGUUGGAAAUUCUAUGACUGUACUCGAGAGCUUGAACAAGAUGUCGAACAAGGUAGGUAGUGCAGGUGACAGAGAUACUUACGGCAUGUUGCUGGAAAUGCUUUGUGGUGAGAAAAGGUAUGUGGAGGCAAGCCAACUUCUGGAGAAAAUGUCAAUUAAGUCAUACUGGCCCAGUACCAACAGUUACAAUUCUGUCAUUAAGGGUCUUUGCUCCUUAGGUAGGCAAUAUGAAGCAGUUAUGUGGUUAGAGGACAUGAUGAGCCAGGGAAAGCUUCCUGAAACUUCUGUCUGGAAUUCAUUGGCAUCUUUAUUUUGUAACUCAGAAAAGAUUAAAGUGUCUUCUCAGACAUUUAGUCGCCUGAGUGGGUUGUGAAAUUGUGAUUAAUAGAAUCAUGUACCACCAAUCUUUUUUUUUAAUUUAAAUGCUUCUUUAAUAGCUUCAAA